GGGAUAGAGUAUGUCUUCCCUCCAUAAUAAGAAGCGGGAACGCCCUUAUGAUUCGGAAGAUGAUCACCAACCAAACAAUGAGGUACGACUAGGAGUACAACACAAAAAACAACAACCAACACGCACUCCUCUUUUCUCCAUAUCUCCGCACAGUGAAGGAGGAACCUCAAACUCCAAUGUUACAACAAAACUUAGAUCAACAUCAAGGGAAUUGGAGUAUCCAUUAAAGAGCGAUAUUAGUGUAACUCUGUUGGUGGAAAAUGGAGAGUAUAAUCUGAAACUCACAAGUGUUCCAACUGACAACAAAAUGACAAACCAUGCACACACCGCAGCUAUGUUGUUAUCUCAAGGAGAACUUCUUUGCAAACUUGGACAUAAAUUGCUUUCUGAUUUAGGAGCACACCAUGAAUCUAAGACUUAUAGAAUUUUGGACUUGUAAUUGUCAUGCUAAACAAGCACGUUGUUGUUUUAUUUCAAUCCUUUGUUUUUGAGGUUUCAAAAUGUUUGUUAGGAAGUAUCUUGCUUCUAAUGGUUCAAAUGAGAUGCUUCUCCACCACUACACUAUCUAUAUGUGGAGAUCAUUGUAUUAAUAAAUUCUAUUACCUUUUAACCCA